AUGCACGCCAAAGCAACAGUCGACGGCACCGUCAUUGCCGAAACUGACAAGUACGAGUUCGUCGAAGGCAACGUCUACUUCCCACCAGAUAGCAUCAAGGACUUCUCUGCCACCAUGACGCCGACCGAUCACACGACCCACUGUUACUGGAAGGGCACGAGCCAUUACUACACCAUCAACGUGAAUGGUAAGGCGCUCGAGAACGCGGCUUGGUACUAUCCCGAGCCGCUCGAGAAGGCGAUGAAUAUCAAGGAUCAUGUUGCGUUUUACAAGAACAAAGUCAAGAUCGAGAAGGAGUGA